AGUGGAGGAGAGAGAGUGGUGGUGAGUGAGGUGAAUGAUGCAGAGACCAUUGUGACUGGACUGACUCCUGGUGUCCUCUACACAUUCUCUGUAUCUGCUGAGAAUGAUGUCUCCUCUCAGGACAACAAUAUCAAUGCCAGGAGUCUCAGUACCACUGCCACCACUCUGGAAGGAGUUGGAGGGACAGUGACAGAGUUUGUGGUGGGAGAGAAUGGAGUGUUGAGCUGGUCUUCUCCAGUUCCUCCCAAUGGAGUCAUUCUCUACUACAAUGUCAUCAUAUCCACAGCUGACUCUGGGCAACUGGUGGUCACCAGAGUUGAGGAGUUACACAUUCCAAAGAUUGACUUGCGUGAGCAUGGAGACAUUGGGAAAACAUACAAUGUUGUGGUGCAGGCAGUAACAGCUGUUGGAGGUGGAAAUUUCUCAUCUCCAGUGACAGUGUAUCUGGAGGAGCCAUCGGAAGACUCUGGUCCAGUAGUAGUGAUUGCAACCGUGACUGUCAAUUUAGUCGUUCUUACUGCCACUUUCUCUUUGCUUGUGGCUAGUGUCUUGGGCUACAAAUACUGGUGGAAGAGAAAACCUUCUCUGAGGAUUGAGCAUUGCACAACUACAGUUAGGCCUUGUGUGACUAGUAGAAAGGACCAGAAUCUGCCCAGUGCCCUGCUUGAUUUAAUCAAAGAAAUGUCCGAUGAUGGACUCUAUAUUCCUGAGAGCAGUAUCACCCUCCGCAGCAUUGUUGGUAAAGGAGAGUUUGGAAUUGUCUACAAAGCCGUAUUACAUGAUGAAAAAGGGUCUGUGGAGGAUUUUGUUGCAGUGAAGACAUUAAAAGGGAUCUUCAGUUUUAAUGAUGUUAGAAGUUUAGCCGAGGAGAGUCAUAUGAUGGCUAAAUUUGAUCAUCCAAAUGUCAUGAAGUUGCUGGGUGUUUCAAUCAGUGAGAGUAGGACCCUCCUCAUUAUCAUGCCAUUCAUGCACAAUGGAAAUCUACUCUCAUACUUGCGAAACAAUAGAGCAGAUUUGACAGUGGAAAACGAGAACAUGACUGAAAUGAUUGAAGAGAUGGCUGCGUAUCUACUCUCAAUCUGCCUUCAAAUUGCUAGGGGCAUGGAGUACUUGGCUUCUAACCAGUUUGUUCACCGCGACCUUGCUGCAAGGAACUGCAUGAUUGAUUUGAACCACGUCAUAAAAGUUGCAGACUUUGGUCUGUCGGAGGAGAUCUAUGCCAGAAACUAUUUCAGACAAGCAGAUAUGCAGGAGAGUGGGGAAGGCCCUGUGAAAUUACCAGUCAAGUGGAUGGCUCUUGAGAGCUUGAACGAUGGAGUCUUCUCAGAGAAAUCUGAUGUGGCAAGUACAAUAGGCAAUGACGAUUCACACACUGAUUGUUUCAAAUGUGCAGUGGUCGUUUGGAGUGACAUGUUGGGAGGUGUUUUCAUUGGGAAGGAAUCCCUACCCUGGAGUGGACCCCUUCUCUCUCAUGAGAUACUUGGAUGGAGGAGAGAGACUUGACAAACCACAAAAUACAGCUUGCUCCCAGGAAAUAUAUUGUAUAAUGAGUGAGUGUUGGGAUUCAGAACCUUGGAAGAGGCCCACCUUCUCGGAGCUGGUGACAGCCAUCUCUGCCAGUCUCCAGGACAUGGCCGGAUACCUGGACCUUACCUGUCCCUCAGUGACUGGUCUUAGUCACAGCAGAUCUGUAGAUUCCUAGAGACAACAAGUUCAAGUAGCUGCUAUAAACUCUUGCAAACUUUGUGUAAUGUGCAGUGAGGUAGCUAUACAAUUUUUGUGUUUUUCUGCAUUCAUUUUUCGAUAUCCAGCGUAUAUACUGAAUCACACUUUAAUAUCUUGGAUGUGUCAUUUCAUUUUUUUGACAUGUGUGACAAGUAGAAGGGACCUGAAUCUGCCCAGUGCCCUGCUGGAUUUAAUCAAAGAAAUGUCCGAUGAUGGACUCUAUAUUCCUGAGAGCAGUAUCACCCUCCGCAGCAUUGUUGAUAUUGUAUAAUGAGUGAGUGUUGGGAUUCAGAACCUUGGAAGAGGCCCACCUUCUCGGAGCUGGUGACAGUCAUCUCUGCCAGUCUCCAGGACAUGGCCGGAUACCUGGACCUUACCUGUCCCUCAGUCUGAGCAGAUCUGUAGAUUCCUAGAGACAACAA